GGGGCCACUGUCCCCUCGUGGUGUAGUGACUGGUAUAUCCGCCUUCGCAUCUUUCUGACAUCCUAGGUCUGUGGGCCCGCAGCCUGCGGAGAUGCCGAAGAUCAAAUUGGGGGCGAGCGGCCUCCGCCGUGAAAGAUUGAAACAGCGCGGAGAGUUGAAGAGCGCCGGAGGACUUAUGUUCAACACGGGUAUUGGGCAGCACAUUUUGAAAAAUCCUCUCAUUGUAAACAGCAUUAUCGAUAAGGCUGCUUUAAGGCCAACUGAUGUGGUGCUGGAAGUUGGACCAGGAACUGGCAAUAUGACUGUAAAGUUGCUAGAAAAGGCAAAAAAGGUAAUUGCCUGUGAACUUGACCCAAGACUUGUAGCUGAACUUCACAAAAGAGUUCAGGGCACGCCGCUGGCAAGUAAACUUCAAGUAAUGGUGGGUGAUGUGUUGAAAACAGAUUUGCCAUUCUUUGAUGCUUGUGUGGCAAAUUUGCCCUAUCAGAUCUCUUCUCCUUUUGUCUUCAAGUUGUUGCUACAUCGACCUUUUUUCAGAUGCGCUAUACUUAUGUUCCAAAGGGAAUUUGCUCUCCGACUGGUUGCAAAACCUGGAGAUAAAUUAUACUGCAGACUCUCAAUUAAUACACAGCUGUUAGCACGUGUGGACCAUCUAAUGAAAGUUGGGAAGAAUAACUUCAGACCGCCACCGAAGGUAGAAUCCAGUGUUGUGAGAAUAGAACCUAAGAAUCCACCACCACCUAUCAAUUUUCGGGAAUGGGAUGGCCUAGUAAGGAUCACCUUUGUUAGGAAAAACAAGACACUGUCUGCAGCAUUUAAGUCAAGCGCAGUGCAACAGCUAUUGGAAAAAAAUUACAGAAUCCACUGUUCAGUCCAUAAUACUGUAAUACCAGAAGAUUUCAGCAUAGCAGAUAAAAUACAGCAAAUCCUAACCAGCACAGGAUUUAGUGACAAGCGAGCCCGUUCCAUGGACAUAGAUGACUUUAUCAGAUUGCUACAUGGAUUCAAUGCAGAAGGUAUCCAUUUUUCUUAGGUAUCUGGGAAACAAUUUCUCAAACUCAAGAAAUGAAGUUGGAAUUACAUAUUUUCAAUGAUUUGAGAAGGUGUACCAUGUAUUUGCUCCUCUAGGAUAUUGUGUACUUGGACUGUUUUAAGACUACUGUUGUUACCACUUAUUACCCUGAAUUACUACAGUACCAAAGUUUUUUUUUUUUUUUUAAACUUUGGUCUCUUUUUAUAAUGUUUAACACAGCUUAGGGUUCAAUCUAUACACUGAUAAUCUUCAAGAGCCGCAAACACGCACAACUACUUGACACGUCAACUUACCAUUUUUAAGUUUACUGUAUAAAGAUGUUACUCUUCUACUUUCUUUGUUAUAUAUAGAUAUAUAACUAUAAUCUCUUAGGUCUUCAGCUCUUUAGACCUUUGUCCCUCAAGUAGUAAAAAAAUUAAGAUAUGCUAAACAGUUACAUAUUUCCCAUACCAUUUCUUAUUAUUCAUGUGCACAGUAAAAUGUUUCUUAAAAUGUU